AUGUCAAUCACCUCUGCCAGCGGCCUCAUGUCGCGCUACUCUCGAUUGUCAGACGGUCGCGCAUCCACCGACGAGGAGAAUGAAAAGAACAUGGCUUAUAAGCUGCCACGUGAUGUCGAAGCAGCUGACAAUCAGCAACGUCGGUCCGGUGCGACGGAGAAGAAGGCCUCGCGAUGGAUCGAUGGCCGAACCGUCUCCGAUGCCAUCAUCGGUCUCUCGGAUGGCAUGACCGUGCCCUUUGCCUUGACCGCAGGAUUGUCCGCGCUGGGCGAUACCAAGGUGGUCGUCUUUGGCGGCAUGGCCGAGUUGAUCGCCGGUGCCAUCUCCAUGGGCUUGGGCGGUUACCUCGGCGCCAAGAGUGAAGAAGAGUCCUACAAGGCCACGCUCAAGGAGACGGAAAAUCAGACCAUGGUUGAUCCCGACUCGGUCUCGACUACCAUCGAGGAUAUCUUCGAGCCCUAUGAGCUACCCGCCGAACUCGUGUCUCAACUCAAAACUCACCUGUCUGCCUCGCCAAUGCUUCCAUCAUUCCUUAUGAAUUUCCACCACACUCUUCCCGAACCCUCAGACUCUCGGGCAGUGAUGUGCGCUCUGACGAUCGCUUUGGGUUACUUUAUUGGCGGAUUUGUACCUUUGCUACCCUACUUUUUCGUCGGCCCCGAGGACGCCUUCAUCGCACUGCGUUGGUCAAUUGCCACCAUGGCGAUUGCACUGUUCCUGUUCGGAUAUGGCAAGACCUGUUUUGUGAGCGGAUGGGCUGGACGGCGGAACGUGCGCAAGGGAGUCAUCGGUGGAUUCCAAAUGGUCUUGGUGGGUGGUGUGGCUGCCGGUUCUGCGAUGGGACUUGUGAAAGUCUUCCAGUUGUGGGCCAAUGGAUCCGGUCACGCCAAGCAGGAGUGA